GUCAACAUUGAGGUUCUUCCUAGUGAUAGGUUGGACAAGGACCAUGCAAUCCAUGCAUAUCGCCGCUAUCCAAUCACAAAGUCAUAUCGGCAACCUUUGUGUGGGACAGACACCUCAUAAGUUUUGAGCUGGUCGGAGAACAAUGCAGUCUCGAAGCACUGACCUGUCGAGUCUUGACCCGUCGGAGAUAUGGCGGAAGUUAGCAUCGCUUCGGCGGCGGCAAAACUCGAAGCCGACACACAAAGGACGCGGGUUGAAGGUCUACAAGAUCUAAAACGCCUUCUUGGACAAGGACGCCGUGUAUCAAAGUUGUAGGUCCCCUCAUCAGUCCUGUUCUCUCUCAACGAUCCUCACCCCUAUAGUGAUGAUCUUCCGGAUGAUGGAUUCCACAAAAUCUUCGAGCUCCUGUACAAGAUUGUCUCCCGUGACAAACCGGUCUAUAUCAGGACGAAUUCCAAGCCAACGACACAAAGGAAUGCUGCCUCCCGCUUGGAGUCUACCGCUGCUGCCCUUCGUCUCACGGUUGAGAUGGGGGUUGGCAAGAUCAAGUUCCGGACCGCUCUCUCAGUCCUAGAUCACAUCGUCGAGACUCUGCCCCUGGCUGAUGGAUCCAUUUGUCAACCUCUUCAAUCCGACUAUUUCAAAUGCUUCAAGGUCCUUCUCGACCACCCACCUUAUUGUGAGCAUAUGCGACCAAAGCAAUGGCAAUACUAUGUCGACUUCUCUAUCGAGGCUCUAGGCGGACAGAUCGAUGACCAUACCCAGACGGCUAUAGACAGCAGCCACACCACAACUUUACUCUCAAGGACGGGCUUUAGCCAGUCCCUGCGGCUUGGUGACCGGACCCCACGGCUAGACGUGCGGAAGUCCCACCAAGACGAAGAGAUGUUGAUGGCAUUGAAAAACUUGACCGCAACAACCAAUGCUCCAAUCAUGACCCGAGCCGCCGCGAUCGGGGAAUGCAUCAAGCGCUACAUAAACGGCACUUCGAGGGCCCACGAAGCAGCUUUCGAGACGAUGAACAAUAUCCUGACUGUCUCCUUGACGGAAGAUGUGUCACUGUCAUUGGACCUGGUAUCUAGCCUACUGCCACUCAUUCGCCGGCUGUGGACGCACAAGUCAAGUGCUUUACGCGACCAAAUGCUGAUCUUGCUCUGGUCGUGUCGUCACCUAAUUCUGACCUCGAGCAAUACAUGGUCUUCCCUAGACUCUGGCAAUCUAUCCAAUCUCCUCGAAACCAUGGUCUCGGAGUACACAGCCCGAAAUGAUCGAGAGAUACUCCAUUUUGACGAUUUGAAACCGAUGGAUCAGCCAAAUGAAUCUGGUCUGCCACCACGACAUUUAUUUCCAUUGCGUGGUAGUCCACGAGCCAUCUCCAACUGGUUCGGACUGUCGGUAAUGGCCAAUUUGUUGGCAGCAACGAGUAAAAAUGUCAAGCAUGAUACGGGGUCUUCCUCACCUGCCGGACCGAGGAAGCGACAAAAGCUUCAGACUCCAAUCGACAACAUAAGACAAAUGGCUGUAGAUGGACAAGGCCAGUCGCAACUAGCUGCCAUCCAGAUCCUAUAUUUCUUGCUCGAUCAACCCAAUGCACCGGUCGCCGACAUCACAGAAUCCAUGCAGAAUUUAUUGUCCGCUCAUCAGCACGAGGAUGGCAAUGUGCAGACAUGGCUCUAUCUUAUAUUUUCUAGGAUUGCCUACACCUUUGAUACCCCACGUCAGCUUUCGAAAAAGUCAUGGCUGCAAAUCUGGAAGUCUGCAGCCAAGGCAAUAAUCACCGCUUCCACAACACGAGCAGCAUGCCUUUUGCUGAGUGUCAUUAUAGAGUUGGAGUUUCUGUCAUCAGUAACAACCGGCAGCUUCCUCGAGAAUACAUUCUUUGGAGAUAACAAUGCCGGGCCGUAUCAUUUGACUGAUACAUCCCUGCUUUUGAUGACUUCGAGUCUGCGCGGGGGAACUUUUGAUAGUGUCAAAAGCUUUGAGUCGCUCUCAUCCAAAAUUAUGGCCUGGUUGGCCUUGAAAUGGACUCUUCCAUCUAGCGUAGAUCGAUUGCACAAUGCCCACAUGGUAUUUCACGCUCGACCUGAAUACUUGUACCGACUUCUGAUCACCAUUUGCGGCUCGACGGAUCCAAUACCAAGCUGGGAGGAUUGGUCUCCAGCUCAACCGCUCUGGGCGAAAAUAUUGUCUACCUCUCGAGAUUCGGAGAUACAGCGCUACUUCCACGGCUUAGAAGCCCCUAGGUACAAAGACUCAGCUCCUAGGACAUCUGUUUCAGCGCCUAUUGAUUAUCUCUCCUCUACAAGACUACACCGAAACGUAGGUGCCUUUCUUUCACGCCGCCUGAAAGAAUUUCGUCAAGCUUGGGUCUUGAUUCAGUCGGAAAGAACAUCGAAUACAAGUCCCGACGUUGUUGAAAUUAUGUUAGUUGGUCUAGCCACUUGGGUAGCCGUUGCGACAAGAUUCAACGAUGUGGGCAAAGAACUCGGUUCCUCACCUGACUGGGCCGAGGCAUGGAACUCGACUGUCGGGUUCAUCGCUGGUGAAACUGACGAAACCCUUGCGAGUUUGACGAAUCGCAUGGCCUCGAUCGUAUUGCGACUGCAUACUUCACUCUACAAUAGCAAUUGCUCUCUUAAACUUCGCGAAUACGGGACCGUUAUUGAGUCGGCUCUUUCUCUCUCGCGUCGAGCUAUUGAAAACAACCUGGCCAGCAACAAAACCGGCGCAGACCCCUUGGAAGAUGAUGAAUUUGUGUCUCAGUCUACUCAAAAUUCUCAGUCUGCAGCGCAAGCGUUGAUCUUCAGGCUCGAUCUCCCAAUCUGCCAUGAUGAGGUCGGAUUACUUGCCUGGCAUCGUGUCAAAUUAGCGACUGCCUCAGCCGGCUUGUCCUCCCAAAGGGCAUUUGAACCAGCGGCAACUUCAACUGUUUGUGAUGAGAUAAUGGACCUCGAUGCAGACCAGCUCCUAUCAGCCCGUGGAGCUGUUUGGGACUUGCUCAGUCUCAAUCCUGGUAUCACGAGAUCUGAAGCAGCAAGACUUUUGCGACAACUUGCGACUUGUUUCCUCCAAGGGGAAAACUACGAAAGAUGUGAACCCGCAUUGUGCUUUUGCUUGCAAGUCAUGAUCGGACUGGCAGACUACUGGACCUCCGAGGAAUCAGACGACGACCUCUCAGAGGUUUCCUUCGAUAUUUACGACUGGUUUCUGCGUGUCCUUGAUAAGUCAAUCACCUCACCGGCGGUGAUGCCACAUCUCUCCAAUCUAUUCGACACAUUACUUCGCGUAAAUCCUUCUUACGGCGCAGGCGAUGUCGCUUCUCCUCGAACAGGCUUACUACAGAUUCUCCAAACAGGCAGUAUGGUCAAUAAAUUUCACCUUUGGACUAAGCUCUCCCAUGUAUUCCAACGAUUUGUACUCAAGGAGCAUGAAGAAAUCUUUCAAGAUAUUGUCGACCAUCUGCCUUGCGACCCAGCAGCGAUUGAGGGCAUUGCAGUGCGCCUUCACAUAUUAGCCCGACUAGGUAGUCAGUGGCAUACAGUACUAAGACACGCGACAUACAAAAUAUACGAAACAGUGGCAAAUGUCCCAACCACCACCUCCCUGGCCCAGGGCUGUGUGCAGUCCAUCUGUCUUGAUCUUGGACUCCACCAAUCCACGAAUCUCUUCAGAAUCUUCGCUCCCCAGAUCAUCUACACAUGGCUUGAUGAUAACCACCUUGCGAACAUACCAUUUGCAGCAUUUGGCUACGAAAGCUUGAAAGCACUCUUGGUAGACAACUUGAGUGAAUUUGUCGGCCAACUCGUUCUACGGGGGUCGAGUCGGGGGUCAGAAUUUGCACAGCUAGUGGGCCAAACGUGGUCAGAUCUCCUCCUUGCCGGAUUUGCGACCGCCGAAGCGUAUGCUUUGUCCUCCGAAACAAGUGUACCGAAGCAAGAGCGUCUUUUCGACGGCUCAGAAAAGCAUUUACGGAAACAAGUUGGAUCAGAGCGCUUUCUGCAACGAUUGCGGGAGUGCCUCCCUGACAUCAUCGCCCAACUUGUGAUCUCGUUGCAAGAUGACCGUGCGUUUGAUAAAGGUCUCGAAAAGAAUUCACAAACCCUCAAUGCCUCCAUGUGGCAAGAUAUGUGCUCCUUCUCAAAGACCAAUAUAGAGGUCCCUCUCUCGCAGCAGCCUUCCUUCAGAGCCAGGUGCUUACCAGAUGAGUUGCAUUACAUCUGUGCCCGACUCGAGAUCGACUACAGUGAACUCUGGUCUCCAGCUCUAAGUAUUUAUGUCUACAGAUGCUUGUUCAGCAAGGCACUGCCUGGCCUCGGCCCGCUCCACACAUGUGGUGUCAUCCGCAAGAUCAGGACGGUAGUCAGUCUUGCGGGCCCCGUUGCACUUACAGGAUAUCCACUUGAAAUGCUACUCCACAAUCUUCGGCCAUACCUGACAAUAUUCGAAUGUGCUGACGAUACUAUGGGAAUAUAUCGGUACUUGCUUCAGCAUGGUCGAACCCACCUUCAGACUCGGGUCUCGUUCAUUUCUGGUCUUGGUGUGUCGAUAUUUGCCUCACUCACUGGUUUCAUCUCGUCGUCACAGGAUAGUACGACCCAAGAAAGCCACUUUUUAGCCACUAUGUCCACAGCUCGAGAAUUUCGGGACUUUCUAGCCGAGUUCUUCGAUUCUUUGAGUUUUCCAAACGUCCCAAGCCAUCACUUGACGAUGUAUCGACGUAUCCUUGAUCACGCUAGGGGCCUCUCUCGAAAAGGAAGCAGUGAUCGAAGCACCAGUGAGGGUAAACUCUUACUGACCCUGCUUGAGGACAGGAGUGAUGCUGCCCCACUGCUCACAGACCUGCAUUUUAAUCUUUCUUUAGAGAUUCUCUUGUCAGGCUUCUCAGCGGCGAAAGAACCCAUGAACGACAUAGUCGCUGACGAUGGACUUGCGGCAAAAGUCUCUAGGCCAUUACUGUCUGCGAUCAGGAGCUUGAAACUCAAUCCUUCCUUCAAUCUCUGGGCGGCAGAUGUCAUCGGCCGUGGUUUCAUAACCUCUGGGAUGAACGAUGAAUUCGCAAAGGGAGCAAACAACUCUGGGCGCUCUGAAAUUGAUCAUCAAAUUCAAGGUGCAUCAGCUUCCUACACAAACAUCAUUGCUUACCUCGCGGACCUGCUGUGGAAGCCUGAUAUGAUCGCUGCUGAGCUGGUGGAAAGGACCUUGCAGUCAAUCUCCACAAGCCUACGACCGGAGGACGAAGACCAAAUCUUCGCGCCAGAGUUCGACCGAACAUGGUUCACUGACAUGAGGUUCUCCGGACUUAACGAACUCUUCCUGGGCAAUAUUCUUCCUCCAGAGAAGAAUGUUUCAAAAGCCACGUCGGCGGAACAGCAAGACUCCGAGAAUACCAACAGCUGGGCUGCUGAACUAUUAGGGAGUCUAGCCUCUGAGACUUCGAAAGAUCCCGUUCUGGCAUUCCUACAGCCAUUAAUGGAUAGCGUUCCUAGCGUGGCAGACCAAAUCUUGCCUCAAGCCGUCCACCUGAUUCUUCUCCAUGCCGACUCAGGCCAGCCCGCUUCUCGGGACAAGAUAUCUCAUGUUUUUACCACAGAGCUCCUUGACAGAAACGUCAAAUCGAGAGGCCCUAGUCAACUUAUACUCAAGACGCUGCUGUAUCUGAGGCGCUGUCCAUAUCCUGGGGAAGUCAAUGUGGCGAAGCGAGACACUUGGCUUGACAUCAAUCUGAACGAGGCUGCCAUCGUCGCUACGGAUUGUCAUAUGUACCAUGAAGCCUUGCUCUUUCUAGAGCUCCACCAUUCUCAGGCACAACUUCAGGCAGGACGGUCGUCACGGAAAUCGUUUGUGACAGAUGUCUCUCCUCCAGAAGAUACUCUUUCUCUCAUUUACGCGAACGUGGAUGAUCCCGACUUGUUCUAUGGAAAGCAUGAAGACACUGAUCUGCAAUCAGUCAUAACAAAGUUGACCCAUGAGGGGGCCAGUCAGAAGUCAUUAUCGUUUCAAAAUGCUCUGCUUGAAUCGCGAUUGAAACUGCAUCAGUCUGAAGGGCAAGCUGAUGUGGCACGAAAUACUGCCUUUGCGUUGAGCGCAGCCAAUAUGCAAGGGAUUUCAGAUGCAGUCAAACAGUAUUAUGGUGGCCCAAGUCUUUCAGGGGAGACAGACGCGCCUAGCACAUCCGCCGAAGAUAACAAUUGGGACCAUUUCCCAGCUGAACAAUCCACCACAGACUCGGACAACUUUGCAUCGCUGUUUGAGGGAAUACAAAAUUCUUCUAGCAGGAAAAGUCUGGAAAACUAUCUGCAGCGCUCCCAGGCCAGUUGUGUGCACAAAAUGAUACACAUGCCAAUUGAUAAGACAUGGCCAGGCACGAUUUUGACCGAAGUGGCUAUUCUUGCAGAAUCACAACAAGCAAGUCUUGCAGUAGAGGAAGGGAACUUCGACUCAUUCUGGUCAUCCAUGAUGGACAGAGAUCAGCAUGUGAAACAUGCAGAGUUCACGAAAUUGUCUCCCCUCUUACUUGGAAGGGAGGCUACCCUCGGGGUCUUGCGUCAAGAUAGUCAACUUCAACUCUCUACCGCGAUGACUGUUUCUCAGGUGCUAUUGCAGGAAAUACGAACUAUUCGUCAGUCUCUGGACCUAGCGAGCGACGACAAGGCAUCCCAAGCUCAAUUCAGCCUCAACAGAGCUAUGAUCUUGUCUGUUCUAGGCCAUAUGGCGGCCGAAGUUGGACUCAAGGUCGACGUAGCCAUCCAGUACGACCUUGCAAGGACUUUGUGGUCGCAUGAUGAAACUUCAGGUGCCAUCAAUAUCCUCCAGAGCCUCAAGGAUCGAGGAGAUCUCAGCGAUCAGGGGAUCCUGGUGACUAAAGCCGAAUUAUUGACAGAUUUGGGCCAGAAGAUAGCUGAAGCUCGACUGGAAAAGCCUGACGAAAUCAUAGACCAUUAUCUUUUACCUGCUUUCCAACAGCUUCACGGACGGAACAUUGGCACGGAGGCCGGAAGAGUGUUCCACAAUUUCGCGGCAUUUUGCGAUAUGCAAUUGCAGGACUCUGACAAUCUUGACGACUUCACGCGAAUCAGCAAGAUUCGUGAUCGCAAACUGCGCGAGUUGAAUGAUUUGGAGCGUUUACUCAAAACCAGUGAAGGAAAACUAAGAGACCAAUUCAAGAUGCAACUGGCAAAGACUAAAACAUGGUUCAAACUCGACGAUGAAGAAUGGAAGAGACUGACCAAGAACCGGGAGACUCUCAUUCUUCAAUGCUUGGAGAAUUAUCUCCUGUCGAUGAAAGCCUGCGACGACUACCGCAACGACACUCUACGUUUUCUCGCAUUGUGGCUCAACCAGGCCGACAGCCGAACAGCAAAUACAUCUGUCCGCAAGUAUCUUAACUCAGUACCGACAUUAAAAUUUGCUCCACUUGUCAACCAGCUCUCAUCGAGACUACUAGACACCAAAGACGAUUUCCAGCAGCUAUUGAUGGAACUCAUGUUCCGGAUCUGCUCUGAUCACCCAUACCACAGCCUGUACCAGGUAUUUUCGACCAGCAAGAGCAAAGCACCCAAGUCAGACGACCUAGGCACAUCUCGAAAUGCCGCAGCCAGCAAACUGGCAGAGCUACUCAACAAGAAAAGUCCGGCAGCCUCUAUCUGGGUCGCCAUCCACAACAGCAACAUUUGGCUACACAAAGUCGCUCAAGAGCGACUUUCAGACAAAGACGCCAAAACCAAUGCCAAAAUCCCACUCCGCAAACUACCCUCAGCAAUCAAAUUGGAACAAGUACUGACAGAAUCUCAUGCAAAGAUCCCCCCUCCAACAAUGAACAUCAGCCUACGAGCCGACCGAGACUAUUCCCAAAUCUCGACGUUCCACAAAUUCGAACCAGAAAUUUCCAUCGCCGGAGGUGUAUCAGCUCCCAAAAUCAUGACCAUGGUCGCCGUAGAUGGAUCAAAAUACAAAAUGCUUCUCAAGGGCGGCAACGACGACCUCCGACAAGACGCCAUCAUGGAACAAGUAUUCCAACAAGUAUCCAACCUCCUCCAAGACCACCGCGCCACUCGACAACGCAAUCUCGGCAUCCGCACCUACAAAGUCAUCCCCUUGACUCAAAACGCCGGCAUCAUCGAAUUCGUCAAAGACACGCUCCCACUGCAUGAAUACCUCCUGCCCGCACACAAGCGAUAUUUCCCUAAAGACCUCAAACCAAACGAAUGCCGCUCCCGCAUUGCCGACGCGCAAAACAAGGGCCUCACUCAACGGUUACAAGCCUAUCGCACCGUCACCAACAAUUUCCAUCCCGUCAUGCGAUUCUUCUUCAUGGAACAUUUCCUCGACCCGGACGAAUGGUUCUAUAAACGCUUGAACUACAGUCGCUCCACCGCCGCAGUCAGUAUUCUCGGCCACGUAUUAGGUCUCGGCGAUCGCCACGGCCAUAAUAUCCUUCUGGAUAUGAAAUCCGGCGAAGUGGUACAUAUCGACUUAGGCGUGGCGUUUGAAGCCGGAAGAGUCCUACCGGUUCCAGAAGUCGUUCCAUUUCGAUUAACCCGCGAUCUCGUCGAUGGAAUGGGUUUGACGGGCGUGGAAGGCGUGUUUCGACGGUGUUGUAAUUUCACACUUGAAGCGCUGCGACAUGAUCAAGAGGCGAUUAUGACGAUUCUCGAUGUUUUGAGGUAUGAUCCGUUGUAUACGUGGUCGAUUUCGCCGUUACGUUUGCAAAGAAUUCAGGAACAUAAUGAGCAGGCUGCGGAUGCGGCGGCGGCGGCGGCUUCGAUGGCGGUGUCGACAAUGUCGUCUGUGAAGGGGGCAGUGGGCGAGGCGGAUGGAGUGGGUUUGUUGGGGACGGCGGUCAAACGUGAUAUCAACGAGCCGAGUGAGGCAGAUCGUGCCUUGACCGUGGUGGCGAAGAAGCUGGGCAAGGCGCUCAGUGUCGAGGCGACGGUCAAUGAAUUGAUUCGUCAGGCGACAGAUGAGAGGAAUCUGGCGGUCUUGUACUGUGGUUGGGCGGCGUAUGCUUAGGUGGAACAAGGACAAAGAAUGUUGAUUCGCGUGUGGGUCAGAAGUAUAUGGGACGGGGUAU